CAAAUGAAGAAUUGCUGAGUCUUAGAGCUAACGGAAGAGGAAAUGAAAAUGGUAAAGCUAGCUUACUAGCUAACAACCGCUAGCUGGAAACCUCUGGAGCCGAGUGGGACGAAAUUGAAACUAGCUAACUAGCAGGCUGGCUGGCUAGCGAGCUAGUCAACGUGUCGCUUUGAAUUUGAAUAAACCACGUCUUGCUCGCUAAUAAUUCAGUCAUGGCCAGGAUAUUGGCAGCUGUAUUAUUAUGUUCAGUUUAUAUGUCUCAGGUGAAGUCUCAAGAAGCUAUCUUGCAUCUGUCGGAUGGAACAUCAGACAAGGAAUAUUGUGUUGCUUACAAUUCUUUAUGGACAAAUCUUUCAGAGUCUCUCGGGGGUGCCAAUGAGUAUGUGUUGGUGAACUUGAUGUCCAGCGUCCUCUGUAACAGCUCAGGCCUGAGCCCUGGCACUUUGAAUGGGAAAGCAGUUGUGGUGAUGAGAGGGGAGUGUGAAUUCAUCCAGAAGGCCAUCAUCGCCCAGGAACUAGGAGCUGCUGCUAUUCUCAUCGCCAGUGAAAAACCUGUGGUGAUUCCUUCAGCGAAUCAGUCAGAUUACCUGAAAGUCAAGAUACCCCUGGUACUGAUGAGAUAUGAAGACAUUCUGGAUGCACAAGAGACCUUUCCAGGGGGUAUGACAGUGAGGCUGUACGCUCCUGCAGUGCCCCUCUUUGACGUCAGCAUCCUUGUCAUGUUGGCCAUAGCUGUCUUCACUGUGGCUGCGGGAGGCUACUGGAGCGGCGCUUCUGAGAGGGAGAAACUGAGCACCACCCUUGCAACGGGUGGAGGAGGUGGUGGCGGGAGAGCUGACAGUGGUGACUUGGCAGUGUACUCUCCUGUCAAAGUCAUUGUUUUUGUGGCAUUUAUGUGUGUCAUGCUGGUUCUCAUGUACUUCUUCUACAAGUGGCUGGUAUAUGUCAUCAUUGCCGUGUUCUGCCUUGCCUCUGCCGUGGCUUUGCACACCUGCUUAGACAUCUUGUUGGAGAAGAUUGGAUUUGGAAACGGCAGCUUCUCCUGCCAGGGUAACACUUUCUCUGUAAGGUCGCUGUUGCUGGCUGCUGUCUGCAUUACUGUGGCAGUGCUGUGGGGUGUGUACAGGAACGAGGACAGAUGGGUCUGGAUUUUGCAAGACCUGCUGGGAAUUGCAUUCUGUAUAAAUUUCAUGAAGAGCAUAACUGUGUCAAACUACAAGAUCUGUGUCAUCCUCCUGGGCCUCCUGCUCCUGUACGAUGUCUUCUUUGUCUUUAUCACCCCCUUCCUCACCCCGAAUGGCGAGAGCAUCAUGGUUCAAGUUGCACUUGGUUCAGAUUCCACAGGGGAAAAGCUGCCUGUGGUCAUGAGGGUUCCCAGGUUUUCAGUGUCCACUCUGAACCCCUGCGGGGUGCAGUUUUCCAUCUUGGGAUAUGGAGACUUGAUCGUCCCAGGCUUGCUGGUGUCCUACUGCCACAGAUUUGAUGUGUGGACCAACAGCCCCAGGAAGAUCUACUACAUAUGCUGCACCAUUGCAUACCUCAUGGGCAUGAUCGUCACCUUUGCUGUCAUGAUCCUGUCCAGGAUGGGCCAGCCUGCCCUUCUCUACCUGGUACCCUUCACCCUCCUCACCAGUGCCAUUGUGGCGUACUGGAGAGGGGAGAUGAGGUCAUUCUGGUCUGGGACCAGGACCGGGUAUCAGCAGGUGUUGGAUUCAUCAAGGGAGCCGUUGUUGCAAGGUGUGCUUUGCCCCCCACCCCGUGUAACAGAAGUAGCUAUAUCUCUCCCCUCUCCAUCCCCAUCCCCAUCCUCCAUAUUUCUUAUAGUUCUCAUACUUCACACUUUCCCAAUUGAUUUGCAAACCUUUCAGCAUCUUUCUUGUGUAACGAUACCAGCAUUUCCCAAAAACAAAUCAUGAAUGAAACAGAACUGAAAACAUUUGGCACAUUCUGAAAACAAGUCCUAAAAUGUUCCAAGUGGCAGUCAUAUCAGUUGGCCAACAUGUACCACUAGGUGGCAGUUUUGUCCCUAAAGGUUUAUUUUUCCCCCACUGUCACCUCUUAGUCAUUUUGAACAGUGAAUUGCAGUGUUUAAUGGGUGAGAUUGAGGAGCAUAAAGAUGGAGAUGUGUAGUGCUGAGUCUUUUCAAACGCAAUGAAAGAUGACUCCACAGUAUCAGACAUACUGUGAAAGGAAAGGAAAAGAGUGAAAAAAGUUCAUCCUUCACCUUUUGUUUGACACCCAUCUGACAAAAUACUUUUUUUUUCCAACUGACAAAGUCCAGCAUGUUGUCAUAAA